AGUUAAAUAACUUUGAGUAGAAAUGUCUCGAGCUCACGCGGAAAGCGUAAUUAAAACCAUUAUCCGUGAGAUAGUGCAGGAGUGUGCGGUGAGAGGACUCUCGGUGUCGGACACUUUGGUGGCUUUCAUGGUGAAAGCUGUUGUGCUGGACCCAAGAAAUGGCUUUAAUGUUGAUCGAACACUGACCAAACAAGACAUCCAGAAACUAGAAGAGCUGUGUCUGGAUAAACUAAUGCAACAGUGCAGCCCAUCCCUAGACACAAUCAAAAUGCAAGUGUAUUUUGAUAUGAAUUACACCUCCAGACGGGAGUUUCUGGAGGAGAUCCGUCAGCUGUUGGAGUCCAGGCUGAGUCCCGUGAGCAGAGAGAUCACCGACAGCAGAGUGAAAACACGGGAGGAGUUAGACGCUCUAUACCGAAAAAUCGUCACCUACAUCCAGCUGCGCUCCAGCAUGGGCUCACCCACAGAUGUCCCCACCGUGCAAGAGGCUACAGCCGCCCUGCAGAGCGUCUUCCCUCAGACUGAACUGGGAACUUUCAUGGUGCUCUUAAAGAGGGACAAGGAGCAGCAGCUCAGUGAGCUCUCCAUGAUCGUCUCAGGGAUCCAGCUCUUCAACAAAGCCAGCAAGAAGGGAGGCGAGGACACCAACCUCCAUGGACUAAUGCCUGAAAUUCUUAAUGAAGCUCUUCCAGUCACCAGUAAAAGCAUCGAAAACGAGCUAAGUGUGUCGCAGAGUUUGGCGUGGAAAUACACAGCAGUGCUGGAGAGGCUCACGCAGCCUGACAGUCAGCCUGCAGACUGUGACGUGCCCAUUGUCCUGCUCAAACAGGCUCUCUACAAUGUCAGGCAGCACGAGGUUUUCCUCAAAAUGUUACUGGCUGAUGCGCGUUCAUGUGCCAAGCAUGUUGAAAUCCUGCAGACUGAGCUGUCGUCCCAGCUGAGGCUGCUGAAAGAAACUGUCCAGUCAAAGACGGCUGUACCGACUGCAAAAGUUUUUCCGCUGUUUAAGUCCCUGUCUAAGGCAUGGUGUGGACUUCAGGAUGAGGCGGAGCUGCUGAACGUCCUCGGUAACAUCAUGCACAAUCUGCAGCCCUUCGUUGCUUCUCAGGCCAAGAUUUUUUCGGAGGCUUAUUUGGACGGCCUGCUGGAGGCCUCAGAGGUGAAGACGGACCAGCAGAGGAUGACUGAGUCCUCAGGUGAGCGUAUAGUUCCAGCUGAGAUGAAGACUCAGGAGUGGCUCCUGCCUGAAACAACAGCCAGUUUUAAUGAGCUGCCGCUCCAGUAUGAUGGAGUCUGUGGCUACACGCUUGUCAGCAGAGAUGGGCUUCUGCUUCCAGGUAAUCCACACAUUGGAGUCCUCAAACACCAGGAGAAGCUCUAUGUUUUUAGGUCCAAAGAAGCCGCCUUAACAUUUGCGUCAAGUCCAGACAACUUCAUCACAGAGGUGGCAGAGAAAGCCAAGCAGUCCCCAGAACUCAUCCAGCUGCUCAAACUCCACCAGCAGUUCUCCUGCGUCAGUCCUUACCCAGAGAUGCAGCCAGGAGAGAGUUUACUGGUGAAGCCCAUCACAAAGUGUGAGAGCGGCACACAGACGGACCUCCACCCAGUGGAGACAAACAUCGUCAAGUCGUAUGAGUGGAAUGAGUGGGAGCUGCGGAGAAAAGCCAUCAAACUGGCGGAUCUGCGGACCAAAGCAACGCGCUCCAUGCAGACUGAUCUGAGCCACAUGAGACGGGAAAAUGCCACCCAGACGUGGCUGCCCAAGGACGCCGCCUGUCAGAGCAAGAGAGACGGUGAGAGCAACGUGCCCAAACCUCAGACCUACCUGGCUGGUCUGAGGGGACAAAGAGACAGACACGUGGUCAAAACCAACCUGACCAGGUCUGUGGAUGAGUAAUCAAAGUGUCCAAAAGAAAAGGAAACAUUUGUUGUUGAGUAAAGAAAAAAAUAUCUAAGCAUAUUAUUGCUUUUAUUUGUUUUGCAUCUGGGUUGAUAAAUGAGGACUUCAGACAAAAACUUUCUAAAAGACAAUAGCAGGGCCAGAUAAUGCAGUUUAACCCUUUGAAACCUGGAGCAACAUCACUCUUUUGUGCUGCUUUUGGACGCCUUUCAUAUACUUAAGCCUUUGAACUCUGAGCAAAUUGGUUUUAUUUCUGUCAGAAACAUGGGAAAAGGGCAAUGGGCAACUCUGUAAGAAAUAUUCAACAAACUGCAAGAAA